AUGGAUGGUGCCAUCAUCCAGGAUGUAAGAUGGUGGCAGAAUACUUUCGCUGUCACCAAGUUCAGCUCCACCAAAAUGAAGAACAGUGGCCAGAGCAACAAGGUGGCCUGCACUUCUCCCAUCAACCUGGGCCUGACCGUGAGUGACCUCCUGAAGCAGAAAGCCAUCUCAUCCUCCAUGCACUCUCUGUAUGGGCUGAGCCUGGGGGGCCCGCAGCAUCCCCAACCCCAGCAGCAGCAGCAGCAGCAGCAGCCACCAUCCCAACCACCACCCCUGCCGCCGCCUCCGCAGCAGCAGCAGCAGCAACAGCAGCAACAGCAGAAAACCUCUGCGCUCUCUCCCAAUACCAAGGAAUUUAUCUUCCCCACUAUGCAGGGUCAAGGUGGCAGUGCCAGUGGGAUGUUCCCAGAUGACAGCCCCUGUAACCUCAGUCCUCUCCAGUACAGCAAUGCCUUUGACGUGUUUGCAGCCUAUGGAGGCCUCAACGAGAAGUCUUUUGUAGAUGGCUUGAAUUUUAGCUUAAAAAACAUGCAGUAUUCUAACCAGCAAUUCCAGCCGGUCAUGGCGAACUAAAAAGAAAACAAGAGAAUCAUAUCAUACAAGUUGAGUUGCACGGGCCCAAGGGGGAUUUUUUUUUUUUUUGAAACCUCCUUGAGAUUUUUUUCUUUUAAGCUUAUAGUAAGGAUACAUUCAGGCUUGGUUACAAAAAUAAAACAUGCGUCAUUUUUCAUUUGCCAACCAAGCACAAAGUUAUUUUAUACUGACUGUAUAUUUUAAAGUAUCUGCUCAGAUAUGGCCUCUUACAGUAUUUAAGAUAUAGCUAGGACAUGGCUGAUUUUUUUUUUAUGAAAAAUUGGCACUAAUAAGUGGGUUUAUGGUCUUUUCUAAUUUUAUAAUUUAAUUUAGUACAAAGUUUGUAAAAUAUCAGAGGAUAUAUAUAUUAUUUCUACGACAUGGAUUGCAUUUAUAUCUUUUUACUACAGUGAUCUGUGACAGCAGCAGCUUCAUGUUGUAUUUUUUUUACUGAAAUUGUAAAAUAUCCAUCUUAAAGACAUCAACUAUUCUCAAAAUUGUGUACAGGAUAUUCCUUUAGUGGUGGAAUUAAAAAUGUACAAAUAUUUGCUUUUUCAAAAAAAAUGUAUUUUCUGUUAAAGGUUUAAAAAUUUUUGCUAU